AGCCUCCUAGCAGCAUGGCUUUCACUGGCAAGUUCGAGUUGGAGAGUGAGAAGAAUUAUGAUGAGUUCAUGAAGCUGCUGGGAAUCUCCAGCGAUGUAAUCGAAAAGGCCCGCAACUUCAAGAUCGUCACGGAGGUGCAGCAGGAUGGGCAGGACUUCACUUGGUCCCAGCACUACGCCGGGGGCCACACCAUGACCAACAAGUUCACCGUUGGCAAAGAAAGCGAGAUACAGACAAUGGGGGGCAAGAAGUUCAAGGCCACUGUGCAGAUGGAAGGUGGGAAGCUGGUGGUGAAUUUCCCCAACUAUCACCAGACCUCAGAGAUCGUGGGUGACAAGCUGGUGGAGUUCUCCACCAUCGGAAGCGUGACCUAUGAGCGCGUGAGCAAGAGGCUGGCCUAAGCAGCCAGGCCCGGCCCAGGGAGCUACAAACCCACCAAUAAAGCUGAUACAAGGACAGA